AUGGCUAAUACUCGAGGCCAGCAAAGGAGAGACUGGGGAGCCGGGGUUCGGCCGCAUGGGAAGGGGCGGCCCAGCCCCGGCCCCUCGGCGUCCGCCCUGGCCCCGCCGCUGGGGCAGGAACCGGGGCCGGAGGUUUCCGCCCGGCGCCGCCAAGCCCGCCAGGGGCCUAGCUCGGGCUCCCAAGGGCCCGUCCGCGGCGGCGGGGGCGCGCAGCCGCCUUCCUGCCCGGCCCGCCGAGCCUCCCCGCGGCGAGCGCGGUGGCGCCCGCACCUGCCUCGCGCCCUGCCGCAGCCCCGGCCAGUCGCUUCACCCACCUGGCGCCCCCGCCGCGCCUCCCGUACGUCACAGCGCGACCCCGUGCCCCUCGGCACCCGCAGCGCGGGAGCGAGCGGACGCCGGGAGACCCUGCUCGGCAGUCGCCGCCGCCGCCCGGUUCGUCGCCAGGCCGCAGACAGCGAACCUGUUGCGCAGCGUGUCACGGCCGCUCGGGCUUCGCGGCGCCGCCUCAGCCCCACAACAACAUGGCGGCCGCGGCCUCCGCAGGAAGCCGGGGGGCGGGGAGGUAGGCGACGGGCCGGGCGGCUGACGGCCCGCCCGCCAGUCCGCGGCCGGCACCGACUCCCCCACCGUCGGGAACCCGAAGUUGGCCCGGGCGCGGCUCCUCACCCCCAAGAGUCCCGGGGCACCGAACCCCGCGGGCCUGGUGCCAGAGUUCCGCUCUCCCCUCGGGGAGGCCCCGAAGCCCCGGGACCCGGCAGCCCUUCCUGGAGCAGCGACGGCCCACCUGGCUCCUCCUCCCCGAGUUUGGAUGCCUUUUAUUUCUUCUUCUUACGUAAUUGCUCUGACCAGGACUUCCAAAGUUAUGUUGAGCAAAGAAUUAUGAAAGUUUUAUGGAAACAACAACAACAACAACAGCAACAACAACAACAACAACAGUGAAUUUGAAGGCUAUGAAGUAGGAGAUCAUUCAUGGUAUAUCAUUUGGAAAAAAUAGGUUACAAUGCAUGUGUACGAUCCCAUUUCAGUUUAGAAUAUUCUACUUCAAAACGAUAGAAAUAAUUUUUAAAUGAGAUUCUAAACCCAGACCUCAAUUAAACUUCUGGUUAUGCCUUUCCACCAGU